GAAACACAACCACCUAGUUAAUUCGAACAUUGUUAGACUCUGCAUUUGUUCCAACAACUUUUCACGAUGGAAAGGCCUUUGUUGCUCUUCCUGCUGAUGCUUCAGUUUGAAGUUGUGCAAUUAGGCUCACACGAUCAUUAUAUUAAUGAAGAUCAUUACGUCAGCCAGCAGCAUAACCCUGACCAUGACAUGGCUGUUCUGUUAGGAGAUCAGAACACCAAGGAAUUAAAGAAACUCAGCUCAGAAGAGCAGAAAAAGAAGUUAAUGGAAAUUUUAAAGCUGAUUGAUACAAAUGGGGACAAUCUUCUAAGUUCAGAGGAGAUCACUCUGUGGAUUCAGCAUGUCUAUAGAAAAUAUGCUCUGGAAGACGCAGAGGAGCGGUUCGCCGAGUUUGAUUUGAACAAAGAUGGUGUUGUAACAUGGGAAGAGUACAGCUCUGUUGCUCAUGAUCAGCUCAUUACCUUUGAUGAUGACACCGUACUGGAGAAUCCCGAGCAUGAGUCUCUGAGACAACUUCUCUUAAAGGAGAAGAGGCGCUUUGAUUUUGCCGAUGUGGAUGGUACGCCCGGUCUAAACGUGACAGAGUUUCUUGCCUUCACCCAUCCAUCUGAAGUGGAUUACAUGGCUGACUUUGCCAUUGAAGAUGUAUUGAAUGAAUAUGAUACGGAUAAAGAUGGAUUCAUCAGUCUUAGUGAAUUUAUUGGCAACGUGCGUAAUGAAGGAGAGCCUCCAUCACAGUGGGAGAUUGAAGAAACAGUGCGGUUUAAAGAGCUGUAUGACCAAAACAGGGACGGCAAACUGGAUCGAGAGGAGCAGCUGCGCUGGGUCGCUCCUAAUAGCUACGGUUCAGCAAGAGAGGAAGCUCUUCACCUCAUCAAGGAAAUGGACCAGGAUGGAGAUGGGCAAAUUUCAGCAUCUGAAGUUUUAAAAAACCAGGAAACCUUCAUGAACAGUGAAGUGACAGACUAUGGUAGACACCUCCACGUGUCACAUGAUGAAUUAUAACCGCUAUUCUUUUUUUUUUUUAUUGUUGGAUCAUCUUGUGUUGUUCAAUAAAGUUAGUUUUUCUGUU